AAGAUUUUUUAAAUUAUUAAAUUCUAACAUGAAAAAAUUAAUUAAAGAUAAACAUCCAUUUGUUGGAGAAGUAGAACUUCGAAAAAUAGCAGUUGGCAAAACAGAAUUAAAUAAAGAACUUCAAAAGAAAAUUCCUAUUCGCGAAAUUUUACGUACAGCUUCAGUUUGGGCUGUCUGGAUUGCGGCAAUUGGAAAUUUUGUUUGUGUUAAUAUGAUGUUCCUUUAUUCUCCAAGUUAUUUAAAUGUAGUUCUUCGCUUUCCUGUGGCACAUACUGGAUUUUCAGCUUCAUUAGCACCUUUAGCCCAAUUUUGUAUUAAAUUACUUGCUGGGUUUACUAGUGAUAAGAUUCGAUUCUUGUCUGAAACAAAUAAAUUACGUCUUUACAAUUCAAUUGCAUUUUUUGGUUCUGGUCUUUUCCUUUCAAUGCUAGCUUUCUUCCCUACAGACCAACCAACUUUAUGUCUAGUUUUAUUAGGAAUUUCAGCUGGAUUGCUUGGAUUUACAACUGGGGGAUUUUUUAAAACUGGGCCUUUGGUAGCAAAACAUUAUGCACUUGUGGUUAUGGGACAAAUUUCUUUGGCAAUUACAAUAACCCUUCUACUAGUUCCAAUUAUGCAAAACACGUUGGCACCACAUAACAAGGCUGAAGAAUGGCGUUACGUUUUUCUAUUAACUGCUGCAGUUUUAACAAUUUCAAAUUUGGCUUUUUGUUUAAUGUGUUCAGCAGAACCAGCACAUUGGACAACUGACGAAUUUUCGAGAAAUGCAUCUAGAAGUAAAAUUCAUACAAUUGAGGAAUCAAUAGACCAAAAUGGGCAAUCAAAGUGGAAUAAUAAUUAA